UCUUUGGCUGAAGGUAGAAGCUGAAGUUGACGGGAGUCUGAGUCCGCGGGGACGAACACCGGCCAGAGGAUUAGUGCACCGGCCAGCGGGCAGCGGGCACCGGGCACCGGGAGAGUCGUGACAGACCCGAUACGGACACUUUUACCCGGUUCUGCCGCUGGGAAAGUUUGUGGGAAUUUAACGCCACCACCGGAUCGUCGGAGCGGUUUCCCUCCGCACGGAAAGACUUCCUGGGUCCGAGAGAGAAGCUCCACUCAUGAGGCCAUGCUAACAGACAUCUUCCUGCUGUGGUGACCGUCAUGGCAGAGCUGGCUAUUGCCCCGGGGCAGGUCUACAUCGAGGUGGAGUAUGACUACGAUUACAAGUCCAAGGACCGCCUCAUCAGCAUCCGGCAUGGAGAGUGCUACAUGCUGGUCAAGAAAAGCAACGAGGACUGGUGGCAGGUGAAGAAGGAGGAGGGGGCCAAGCCCUUCUACGUACCAGCUCAGUAUGUGCGGGAGGUCCGCAAAGCCCUCAUGCCACCUCCCAAAGCCAUUGCACACCAUGCGGCUCCCAGCAACAAUGCAUCCUGGCUAAAGCCCAGCAAUCUGGAGCUAGGAGUCACAGACCGGUCCCCUGAAUACCUUCACAGACGGGAGUCGUACAGUCGACGCUCACCGUCUGCGCAGACCGCCUCCUCGGGGCACUUCCCCCCCAACAACACCCACACCCCCAGCAGCCCCACCGACCCCGGCCCUCCGCCGCCGCAGACGGGGAAGUCCAGCACUCUGCCUCGCACUCGAGCCCGGUCCCCAGACAUGGUGCGGGCCCCGCUGGACGUGGACGGCACCCGGCACUGUGACUCGGCAGGCGAAGACCGACGCACCAACGACUCGGAGUCUGGAGACGACCUGAGCAGCUCGUCCACCGAGCAUCUGCAGAUGGUGUCGUCUUCAUGUCAGGGACGCUCCGAGUCGCCCGUCUACACCAACCUUCAGGAGCUGAAAAUCACGCAGACCAACCUGCCCCCUCCGCCCUCCACCUCCCCCCUCCACGUGUUUGGAGACUGGGAGACCCACAGGGACCAGAACGGCAGGCUCUUCUACCACAACCGCUCCAGCCACGAGAGGACCUGGAAACCACCUCGGGCCAAAGACACGAGCAUCGGGAGCUCCAAGGGAGAGGUGCCCAUCGCUGGAGAGAGCGAGACGACUCCUCUCUCGCUCUCGCCCUCUUUCCUUCCCUACUUGUCUCUUUCCAUCGGGCGCCUCCAGCCUCUGUCGUCUGAGGACACCUGCUUCAGUACCUACUCUAGCCAGUCCGACAGCCAGUACGGCUCUCCGCCGCGCGGCUGGUCGGAGGAGAUGGAUGAGUACGGCCACACGCUGUACGUAAGCGACUAUACUAACGAGAAGUGGUUAAAACAUGUUGACGACCAGGGCCGACCCUAUUUCUACAGUGCAGAUGGCUCCAGGUCGGAGUGGGAGCUCCCCAAGUACAACCUCUCCGCUCCUCAGCUGUCUGACGCUCCAAAGAGCCACAGUCUGGACAGGAAACAGGUGGAGCCCAUCGUCCUGACCAAGUGGAGACACAGCGCCUACCUCCAGGACAACGACAAGCGGCUGUUAAAGUCCAGGUGCUCCCGAGCAGGCUCUGCCCGCCUGCACCCGUACAAACACCAAGAUGCUCAUCAGGGGCCCUUUCCUGACUCUGACUCCUGCCCUUCGACCCCGAAGCCCCCAGCCUCCCCCUCUGAGAGGUUUGGCCUUUUGAACGUGACGAAGAUCACGGAGAACGGGAAGAAACUACGGAAGAACUGGACCUCCUCCUGGACCGUCCUACAGGGCUCCCAGCUGCUGUUUACCAAAGGACAAGGUGGAGCCACCAGCUGGUUUGGAGGCGCUCAGUCCAAACCAGAGAUCACCGUGGACCUGAGGGGCGCCUCGGCUGAAUGGGCCUCUAAGGACAAGUCCAGCAAGAAGCACGUUAUUGAGGUGAAGACUCGUCAGGGCACGGAGCUGCUGAUCCAGUCAGACAACGACGGCCUCAUCAAUGAGUGGUACCGAGCGCUGCAGGACGCCGUCAGCGCCCAUGCUUGGGAGUCUGACGAGGCCAUAGAGGAGGACAUGCCCGAGUCCCCUGGAGGAGAGAAACAUGACCGGGAGAAAGACCCCAGGAAAGGCAGAGCAGCCGCGAAGACGUCCACCAGCGUGGAGCCCACCGACCACAAGAAGACCAAGCACAAGCUGAAGAAGUUCCUCAGCGGCCGCCCCACGCUGCAGUCCAUCAGGGACAAGGGCUACAUCAAAGAUCUGGUGUUCGGCUGCAGCUUGUCCAGCUUGUGUCAGAGGGAGAACGGCUCGGUGCCGGCCUUCGUCAGGAUGUGCAUCGACCACGUGGAGAACAGCGGUCUGAACGUAGACGGGCUGUACAGAGUUAGUGGGAACCUGGCUGUCAUACAGAAGCUACGCUACGCUGUCAACCAUGACGAGAAGGUGAACCUGGCAGACGGGAAGUGGGAGGACAUCCACGUGACCACCGGAGCUUUAAAGAUGUACUUCAGGGAGCUGCCAGAGCCGCUCUUCACCUACACGUUGUUCCACGACUUUGUCAAUGCCAUCAAGAAUUUUGACCUCAAGCAACGAGUGCAGGGCAUCAAAGAGCUGGUGAACAAGCUGCCGAAGCCCAACCACGACACCAUGCAGGCCCUCUUCAAACACCUCAGGAAAGUGAUCGACCACGGGGAGGAGAACCGCAUGACCACCCAGAGCGUGGCCAUCGUGUUCGGCCCCACGCUGCUGCGGCCUGAAACUGAGACCUGGAACAUGGCGGUCCACAUGGUGUAUCAGAACCAGAUCGUGGAGCUAAUUCUGCUGGAGUAUGAGAGCGUUUUCGGCAGGUAGAUGGAGACGCUGCAGGACCAGCCUCCUUUUCCCUCCCGCCUGCUCCCUCCGCUUCCUCCUCUCACGGCCGGGUCCGGCCCGGUCCGGUUACCAUGGAGCAGCUUCCUUCAUUUCAAAGCCAAAAUGUCUCCUGAUUCCAACCGAACGUGAAACCAAGCAGCGACCAAAACUCAAACUCUGCACUUUCAGCCUGGGUUUGUGGCGUUUUACUGCUGAGGCGCCGUCCUCUCGUCCCAACGCUGGAACCUGAAGCUGGACACACGCGGGACAAACCAUCAGACAGACUCACCCGCUGUGGUUCUGGAGGUUCUGACCCUCAUCAUUCCUGCAUGGACCGAACCAAACUGCAUGUGUGGGGACGAGUUGGAAAAGCACACGUUCUUCACCUAUGUCUUUUAAAUGUUUUAUUCUGCUUCUCCUCCUCUCCUCCCUCUGAAACACUGGGCCGGGUCUUCUGAACACGUUAAUGAGGGUCUGUAUUAUAUGCGCACGCCUCCUCCUCCUUUUAGAACAAAUCUGAGCAUCAGCCUGGACGAACACUCGUAAAGGCCGGUUUUGCUGGUCUGGUGGAACAAGGAUGCAGCCUGUAAACAUCUCCGCUGAUGUGUGUGCCUGUGCACAUGCGUGUGUGUGUGUGUGUGCCUGUGUGUGUGUGUGUGCCUGUGUGUGUGCCUGUGUGUGUGCCUGUGCCUGUGUGUGUGCGCGUGCCUGUGUGUGUGUGCGCGCCUGUGUGUGUGUGUGUGUGUGUGUGCCUGUGCACAUGCGUGUGUGUGUGUGUGUGUGUGUGUGUGUGCCUGUGUGUGUGUGCCUGUGUGUGCCUGUGCCUGUGUGUGUGCCUGUGCCUGUGUGUGUGCCUGUGCCUGUGUGUGUGCGCGUGCCUGUGUGUGUGUGUGUGCGCGCCUGUGUGUGUGUGUGUGUGUGCGCGCCUGUGUGUGUGUGUGUGUGUGUGUGCCUGUGCCUGUGCCUGUGUUGGGGGAGCGGGUGAACGGAUGGAUGAAUGGAUUCAAUGACAUAUUGUAUAAAUAGUACACGUGAGUAGGGACUUUGAGCCAGGCAGCAGAUGGGGUUUUUGCGUGCGGAGCUGGGUUGGAGGUGCUCACAGCGAUGUAACCAUAGCUUUGCAAAGUAAACACUGUCGAAUAAAGACCUCGAACACGA